CACAACUGAAACGACCUGGUAUGGGCGGUGGCGCCUCCACGAUCGCCGGCUUCGAAGCGCUGUCGCCCGCCGACCAAGCUAAUGCGCAAGCCCAAUACCAAGCUCUCGUCGCCGACGGCACUUCGGAUGAGACUGCAAUGACUGCCAUUCGGGCCAAAUUUACGGCGGCGACAGUGCUCAUUGAGCUGCCACAGCUGCUGGAUGCGAUCGCCGCCGCCGUAAGCCGAGGCAAGACGCCGCUCGUGGUCGACGCCAGCGAUCGCGUCAAUACAUUCUUUAGCUAUCGCCAGUGCACGCUUCUCGAUGGAAAGAAGAUGGCCAUGGACAAGAGCAUGCGCAAGGUGCCCGUGCCAGAGAUCAUGGAAGAGGCGCGGGCGCGACUCGUGGGCGCACUCAAGUGCGGCCACCCAAUGGUCAUUGCCAUGAACCAGUGCGUCGUCGACGUUUGGAAAACGUUCAAUGACGCGACGCUGCCGGUCGACGUGACGCAGCAUGGAAGGUUGGCGUUCUUCCCAAGCGAUCUCGUGUGUUCGAACGCAGGGAAAGGGCUUCUAAACCACCUCGAUUCGCUCUACCGACCCGCCGACACCAAAGACACGAGCAACAUCCCGCUCUGUCGCAACCCCAAUGAGUUUCACGUCGUGCUCACGUCGAAUUUCGCCCACGUGGACUUUGAAAAGUACCUUUUCAAGCCCGAGAUGGGUCUACCGCCUCCCAAGUACCAGUACGAGUUUAUCCUCGUGCAGCAAGAAGCCAUCGAAGAAGAUUUGUAAUCCAUGUGUAUAUAACGCUAAAACGAUAUGAG